AAACCCCUUUGUGACAAACGGCGAUGUUAUAAAAGUCUUGUCGGUGCCCUGCGGCUGUCAGUAGGAAUACCAUUGAUCAAACGAGCAUCAUACGACGACGCGUCACAAGAAAACGCAAAGAUCAAAACCCAGAGGCUAGCAGGCUUCCUCAAGUGUCUCAGAAUGGCACCCAGCAUCAUCCACGUAAACAAUGGGGACCGGUUUGACGAAGGCCUGCCCGCUUCCGUCGAUCACUCGGUGUUACACGGCAGCAAAGCCACGCGUCUAAACGGCAGCCGCCAAGAUGCCACGUCCAACGGACACAACGGCUACCUGCACAGCCUCAACGGGCACGUCAACGGCAACGGCACGGGCCCACCACCCCUGCCCGCACCCACCCCGGACGCCCCAAUAGCCAUCUGCGGCAUGGCCUGCCGCCUCCCCGGCGGGCUGCACACCCCGCAGCAGCUGUGGGAGUUUCUGCUCGCCAAGGGCGACGCCAAGUCGACGGUGCCAGAGUCCCGGUACAACGUCGAGGCCUUCUACGACCCCUCGGGCCGGCCGGGCACCGUCAACACCCGGCACGGCUACUUCCUCGACGUCGACCUGACAAAGGUCGACGGCGCCUUUUCGAGCUUCGUGCGCGGCUCGCUCGAGCGCAUGGACCCCCACCACAUCCAGAUGAUGGAGGUCGCGCGCGAGUGCCUCGAGGACGCCGGCGUGACGGGCUGGCGCGGCGGCCUCAUCGGCUGCUACGUCGGCAGCUUCGGCGAGGACUGGGUCGAGAUGAACGCCAAGGAGAACCAGCCCUACAGCGUCUACCGCACCACCGGCUCCGGCGACUUUAUGCUGUCCAACCACGUGUCGUACGAGCUGGACCUCAAGGGACCCAGCAUGACAGUCCGCACCGCCUGCUCGGCGGCGAUGGUUGCCCUCCACGAGGCCUGCCGAGCCAUUCAGCGUGGCGACUGCUCUUCCGCCAUCGUCGGUGGCGCCAAUCUGAUCCUGGCACCGGGCAUGACGCAAGCCAUGAGUGAACAGGGCGUCCUUUCGCCCGAAGGCUCCUGCAAGACCUUCUCGGCCGAUGCCGACGGCUACGGCCGCGGCGAGGCCGUCUCGGCCCUGUACAUCAAGCCACUCGACGCCGCGCUCAGGGACGGGAACCCGGUGCGCGCCAUCAUCAAGCAGACGGCGACGAACGCCGACGGCAAAACCCAAGGUGUGUCCAUGCCCAGCACCGAAAGCCACGAAGCCUUGAUCCGCAAGGCCUACGAGCUCGCGGGCAUCGACGACUUCUCCAAGACCACCUUCGUCGAGUGCCACGGCACCGGCACGCCCACCGGCGACCCCAUCGAGACGAGCGCCGUGGCGCGCGUCUUCGGCAGCAAGGAGCGCGAGCUGUACAUCGGCUCCGUCAAGCCGAACCUCGGCCACUCCGAGGGCGCGUCGGGCCUGACCUCCAUCAUCAAGGUCGUCAUGGCCCUCGAGAACCGCGUGAUCCCUCCCAACAUCAAGUUCUCAAAGCCCAACCCCAACAUCCCCUUCGAGGAGAGUAGGCUCGUCGUGCCCGUCGACCCCACGCCGUGGCCCGCGGGCCGCUGCGAGCGCGCGAGCAUCAACAGCUUCGGCAUCGGCGGCACCAACGCCCACGCGAUUCUCGAGUCCGCCAGCUCCUACGGUGUUGGUGCUGGGGCCCUGCCUUUGACCCCGUCCUCUUCCUCCAUCUCCUCCUCCUCUGACGAGGCACGUGUGCCCGCGGAAGAGCCGCAGCUUCUCCUCUACUCGGCCAACUCGUCGAGCUCCCUCAAGAACACGGUCGACAACUUCCAGUCCUUCGUCGAGAGCAACCCGGACAAGCUCGCCCGGCUGGCGUACACGCUGGCCAACGGUAGAGAGCACCUCGCCCACCGCGCCUUCGCCGUCGCGACCAGGGGCGGCAGCUCCGUCGUGUCCCCCUUCGUCCGCGCGCCGCAGCAGCCCCCCGGCGUCGUCAUGGUCUUCACCGGCCAGGGCGCGCAGUGGCCGGCGAUGGGCGCCGAGCUUCUCAUGCAGGGGAGCCCCGUGUUCCGGUCGACAAUCCGGUCCCUCGACGCCGCGCUCGCCGAGACGCUGCUCGUCAAGCCCGAGUGGAGCCUCGAGCGGGAGCUGCUCAAGGCCGGCAAGCAGAGCCGCGUGGACCAGGCCGAGGUGUCGCAGCCGCUCUGCACCGCCGUCCAGGUCGCCCUCGUCGACUCCUUCGCCGCCGUGGGCAUCCGGCCGGCCGCCGUCGUCGGCCACUCGAGCGGCGAGAUCGCCGCCGCCUACGCCGCGGGCGCCCUCACGGCCCGCGAGGCCAUCGUCGUGGCCUGGCUCCGCGGAGUGGCGGCCAAGAUGCAGCAGAGGAAGGGGAGCAUGGCCGCCGUCGGACUCGGCUGGGACGAGGUAAAGCCGUACCUGGCCGGCACCACGGCCGCCGUCGCCUGCGAGAACUCGCCGCACAGCGUCACAAUCUCGGGAGACACGCCCGCCGUUGAGGCCGUCCUGGCCAAGAUCAAGCAGUCCCGUCCCGGCGGCAGGGACGUCCUGGCCAGGCUCCUCAAGAUCGACAAGGCCUACCACUCAUACCACAUGGCCGAGGUGGGCGGGUGGUACCGCAACGCCCUCGAGCACCACGACGUCGUCGCCGGCGGGGCCCGCAGUUGCCUCUUCUACAGCAGCGUCACCGGCAAGCUGCUCCGGCCGGGCGACUCGCUGGGCCCCGAGUACUGGACGAGCAACCUCGUGAGCCCCGUCCUCUUCUCGACCGCCGUCUCCGAGAUGCUCCGGAACCCAGACGUGGCGGGGCAGCCGAACCGCUCCGUCACGCUCGAAGUCGGCCCACACUCGGCCAUGGCCGCGCCCCUGCGGCAGAUCAUGGCCGACGCCACGCCCCCGGCGACGCUGCCCUACGUGGCAGCCAUGAUCCGCAGCAGGAACUGCGUGGAGAGCUACCUCACGGCCAUCGGCAAGCUGCAUCAGCUCAACGUGGCGAUCGACCUGCGCUCCCUGCUGCCCGGGGGUCCCGGCGCGAGCCCCUUCCUCCCCGACCUCCCCCGGUACGCCUGGGACCACGAGGAGACGGCGUGGUGGGAGUCGAGGACGUCCAAGGAGUGGCGGCUGCGCAAGCACCCUUACCACGAGCUGCUUGGUAUCCGCACGACCGAGAGCACCGAUCUAGAGCCGACGUGGCGCAACGUCUUCCACGUCGAGCAUUCCCCCUGGGUCCGCGACCACGUGAUAGCCGACAACGUCGUAUUCCCCUUCGCCGGCUACAUGGCCAUGGCGGCCGAGGCGGCCAGGCAGGUUACGGGCCUGGAGGACGGCUACGCCCUCCGCCACGUCAUCGUCAGCACGGCGCUCGUCGUUGCCGAGGGGAAGCCGCUCGAGCUCCUCAGCACGCUGCGCCCCGUCCGCCUGACCGACUCGCUCGACAGCCAGUGGUGGGAGUUCAGCAUCGCGUCCCACAACGGCGUCAUGUGGACCAAGCAUUGCACCGGGCAGGUCCGGUCCCUUAGCCGCGCCGCUGACGGCGCCGGCAUCCUCGCCGCCCCCGGCGACGACGCCCGCCACAGCAUGACGCGCACGCUUGGGUCGCGCAAGGCGUACAAGAUCAUGCAGGAGGUCGGCCUCCGGUACGGGCCCUUAUUCCAGCCGCUGCGCAACAUCCGGACGGGCACGCUCGACCGGUCCGCGGCGGCCGAGGUGGCGGCCCCGAGGCUCGAGGGGAGCGCGGCCCUGCAGCCGUACCACCUGCACCCCAUCGUCCUCGACGCCUGCCUGCAGAUACUGAGCGUGGCGGCGACCAAGGGCUACACCCAGAAGCUCAGCAUGGCCAUCCCCACUCUCGUCGAGGAGCUCGAGGUCUACCGCAGCGAGUCCGGCGUCGAGAUCUCGUCCGAGGCCGAGAUCAGCAGCCUCGGCGCCAUCACCGGGUCCUGCCGGUGCUUCGCGGCCGACGGCGGCGGCGCCGUGCUGUCCAUGUCGGGGGCCCGCCUCGCACCGAUGCCGGGCGGGGGACCCGAGGGGCCCGUCAAGGGCGCGCACUCGACCGCCCGCUACUGCUGGGAGCCCCAUGUCGACUUCCUCGACGAGCGGUCGCUCGUCGACACGCCCGCCGCCGAGGACCGCAGCCUCUACCUGCCCGUGCUCGACGAGAUGACGCAGCUCUGCCUCGUCUACGCGCAGCGGCGCCUCGCCAGCCUCCGGACCGAGCUCCCGUUCAUGGCGCGGUACGGCGCCUGGAUCAGCGAGCAGGCGUCGAGGGCCGACGCGGCCACGGUCGCCAUGGCGGACUGGGCCCUCUUUGAGGCCGUCGAGUCCCGGCUGCUCGCGCUCCGCGGCACGGCCGCGGCCGGCACGGCCCUGGCCGUCUUCAACGUGCUCUCAAGCAUCACCGGCAUCUUCCAGGGCCGCAUCGGCGCGUCCAACGUGCUGCUAGCCGACGACAGCCUCGCCAAGAUCAAGGCCCUGCGCGACGCCGCCUUCGACACGUCCCGCCUCCUGCGCCAGCUCGCGCGCUCGCGGCCGGAUAUGCGCGUCCUCGAGCUCGAGGCCGGCAACGGCGAGCGCACGGUCGAGGCCCUCCGCAGCCUCGUCCACGAGCAGCAGCCCGGCGGGCCCGUCCUGUACUCGACCUACACCUUCACCGACCCGUCCUCGGGCGUCGUGACGGCGGCCAAGGAGCGCUUUAGGGCCGCCGCCAACAUGCAGUACCGGGCCCUCGACAUCUCCCAGCCGCUCGAGGAGCAGGGCUUCGCGGGCGACAGCGAGGAAGGCUACGACGUCAUCAUCGCCACCAACGUGAUCCACGCCGCCCCGAGGCUCUCGGAAGGGCUGACCAACCUGCGCCGGCUUCUCCGCCCCGGCGGCCGCGUGCUCCUGCAGGAGUUCUCGCCCGGCCCGUCGUCCAGGUGGCUCAACUUCGUCAUGGGAGGCAUGCCCCGCUGGUGGAGCGGCGUCGCCGACGGCAGGGCCGAGGAGCCCUACAUCGACCUCGCCGCCUGGGGCCGGGCCCUCGCCGACGCCGGCCUAGCCGUCUCGGCCUCGGUGCCGGACUCGCCGCGCGAGGACCUGCGGCAGAACAACCUGAUGAUCGUCCGGCACGCCGGCACCGUGGCCAGGUCCCCGUCCGGCCGCGAGGUCACCCUGCUCUGCCGCCCCGGCGAGGACCUCCCCGUCCUCGACGAGCUGAAGAGGGAGCUGGGGGUGCUCGGGUUCGUCGCGAACCAGAGGGGGCUGGGCGACGAGGUUCCCCCGGGCGAGGACGUCAUCGCGCUGCUCGACCACGGGCCCGAAGCCUUCUUCGACGGCAUCGACGAGGAGCGGUACGGGGCUUUCAGGGGCCUCGUCGGCGCAGCCGCGGCCGGCGGUGCCGCCAUCCUCUGGCUCACGCGGCUCUGCCAGGUGGCACCCGUCGAGAGUCCCGCGCACGCGCAGGUUAUCGGGGUCGCGCGCGCGCUCCGGUCCGAGGUCGGCGCCGCCCUGGCCACGUGCGAGGUCGACGACCCGCGCGCCUCGGCCGGGAGCGUCGCCGCCGUCUUUGCGCACUUUGCUGCGGCGCGCGAGGAGGCGGCCGGGUCGGACGGCGACCCCGCGGCGCUGGACCCGGACUACGAGUACGCCGUCGUCGGCGGCGUCGUGCACACGGGGCGCUUCUACCCCUUCUCGCUCGCCGACGAGCUGCGGUGCGCCGACGCGGGCGACCGGGUCGUGCUCCGCACCGAGAAGCCCGGCCUGCUCGCGGCCCUGACCUGGAGCCGUCAGGCCCCCACACCGCUCGAGGGGAACCUCGUCGACGUCAAGGUCUCGGCCGCCGGGCUGAACUUUAGGGAUGUUCUGAGCGCCAACGGCAUCGUCGACAUACCCGAGGAGGGAUUCGGCCUCGAGGCCUCGGGCGUCGUUUCCGCAGUCGGCCCAGACGUCAGGCACCUCCGCCCCGGUGACCGCGUCUUCCUGCUGAACCGAGGCUCCUUCUCGACCUCUAUCACCAUUCCCGAAGAGCUUUGUGAGAAGAUACCCGACGGCCUGUCGCUAGAGGACGCCGCGACCAUGCCUUGCGUCUACGCAACGGCGAUUUACUCGCUUUUCAACAUUGGCCGUCUGCAGCGAGGACAGUCCGUCCUAAUCCACAGUGCCUGCGGCGGCGUCGGUAUCGCCGCCAUCCAGCUCGCCCGCAUGGCCGGUGCCGUCAUUUACACGACGGUAGGCAGCGAAGAGAAGGUCAAGUAUCUCAUGGACACAUUCGACAUCCCCCGACACCACAUCUUCAACUCGAGAGACACGUCCUUCGUCGAGGGGAUCAAGUCCGUGACCAAGGGCAACGGCGUCGAUCUCGCUCUCAACUCUCUUUCCGGGGAGCUGCUGCAUGCCACGUGGAAAUGUGUCGCCGAAUUCGGCAUCAUGGUUGAGAUUGGCAAGCGAGAUCUGCUCGGCUCUGGUAGGCUGGAGAUGGACGUCUUCCUGGCCAAUCGGUCUUACUGCUGCGUCGACCUGGACCAGCUUUGCUUCAAGAGGCGGGCUAUUUGCAAGGAGCUUCUUCGACGCAUCGUCGAUUGCUACAACGACGGCCACAUCCAGCCUAUCCGCCCUGUCACCGUCUUCAGCGCCGGAAAGGUCCGCGAGGCCUUCCGCUUCAUGCAGCAGGGGCUCCACAUGGGCAAGAUCGUCAUCAAGAUCCUGGAAUCCCCCGACGCAGACCCCGAGGAGGAGCUGGCGGCCGCCACGCGCAGGAGGGAGCUCUCCCUCGGCGGCGACGGCCCUGAUGACGCCUCGUACCUGCUCGUCGGCGGCCUCGGAGGGCUGGGCCAGGCCGUGUCCCGCUGGCUGGUCGGGCGCGGGGCGCGGCACCUCGUCUACCUUUCGCGCGGCGCCGGGUCCGGGGCCGGGGACGCUGCCUUCAUCGAGGAGCUGAACAGCAUGGGCGCGCGCGCGACGCUGGUACGGGGCGACGUGUGCGAGUGUGCCGACGUGCGGCGGGCCGUCGAGGCCGCGGGCGGACCCGCGCGCCUGCGCGGCGUCAUGCAGAUGUCCAUGGUCCUGCGCGACCGCGCCUGGGACAGCAUGACGCUCGACGAGUGGCGGGGAGCGGUCGCGCCCAAGGUCCAGGGCACGUGGAACCUGCACCUCGCGACGCUGGGCUGCGCCCGCCUUGACUUCUUCGUCCUCUUCUCCUCCAUCUCGGGAAUCGUCGGCCAGCCGGGCCAGGCCAACUACGCGGCCGCCAACGCGUUCCUCGACUCGUUUGCGCGCUGGCGCCUGUCCCGGGGCCUGCCGGCGUCCUCGGUCGACAUCGGCGCCAUCGACGACGUCGGCGUCGUCGCUGAGAACGAGGCCAUCCGCCGCGCCAUGAAGACGACGGGGGCGUACAUGGUCAGCGAGGCGGAGCUCCUCGAGGCCCUCGAGGCGUCGAUGCUGCUCAGGGAGGGGGGCGCCGCCACGGGGGCCAACUUUGUGCUGGGCCUGGCCUCGACGACGCCGCUGACCAGCCCGAACAACCGAUCUCUGUGGAGGAAGGACCGGCGCAUGGCGGCGUACCGCAACAUGGCGGCCGGCGAGGACGGCUCGGGGCCGGGUGGCUCCUCGUCGUCGAGCGAGGCGCUCAAGACCUGGCUGAAGGCGGCGCAGGGCGGCGGCGACGAGGGGCCGCUGAAGGAGGCGGGCGCCGUCGACUUCCUGGCGCGCGAGAUUGGCAAGAAGCUCUUCACGCUGGUGCUCCGGCCCGAGGACGAGAUCCAGACGUCUGUCGCCCUGUCAGAUCUCGGCAUGGACUCGCUGGUGGCCAUCGAGAUGCGCAGCUGGUGGCGCGCCACCUUUGGCUUCAACAUUAGCAUGCUGGAGCUGCUUGGGAUGGGGAACCUGGAGGCUCUUGGUGCUUUUGCGAUUAACGGAAUGCUGAAAGCAUUUGAAAAGUAGUGGUAGUCAUGGUGGUAGCAGUAGUUAUAUUUAGCACCGGGCAGCGAUUAGCCCCAUCCACGUUAUGCUGUAUUCUCAGUACCUCAGUGGUUCCUGCCCGAAGGAGAACCUGUCGAUGACCGUGAUUGACGGAC